ACCUGGGUGUUGCUAACACCCAGAGUUAUUGGCUCUGACUUCCAGCCGGUGGCACAGAUGCCUCCAGGGGGCAGCACUCGAGCGAAUCUUAUGAAUGACAGUAACAGCGGGAACAUGAAGCCGCCACUCUUGGUGUUUAUUGUGUAUCUGCUACGGUUGAAAGAUUGUCACUGCGCACCUACUUGGAAGGAUAAAACUGCCGUCGGUGGAAACCCCAAGAGUUUUUCUGAGGCCGGGGAGAUAGACGUGGACAAAGAGGUGAAGGCGGCCUUGAUUGGUAUUAAACAGAUGAAAAUCAUGAUGGAAAAAAAAGAGGAGGAACACACCAAUCUAAUGAAAACCCUGAAGAAAUGCAAAGCAGAAAAGCAGGAGGCCCUGAAACUUAUGAAUGAAGUUCAAGAACAUCUGGAAGAAGAAGAGAGGCUAUGCCAGGUGUCUUUGGCGGAUUCCUGGGAUGAAUGCAGGUCUUGCCUGGAAAGUAACUGUGUGAGAUUUUAUACAGUCUGCCAACCUAGUAGGUCCUCUGUGAAAAAUACGAUUGAACAGUUUUUUAGGAAGAUAUAUCGAUUUCUAUUUCCUCUCCAUGAAGAUGAUGAAACAGAUCUCCCCAUCAGUGAAAAGUCCAUUGAGGAAGAUGUGCAAUUGACCCGAAUGGAGGACGUGUUCAGCCAGCUGACUGUGGAUGUGAAAUCUCUCUUUAACAGGAGUUUUAACGUCUUUAAACAGAUGCAGCAAGAAUUUGACCAGGCCUUUCAAUCAUAUUUCAUGUCAGAUACAGACUCAAUUGAGUCUUACUUUUUUCCAGCUUUAUCCAAAGAACCAACAAAAAACGCGGAUCUUGUGCAAAACUGGGACCUUCACAACUUCUUCCAGCUAUUUUGUAAUUUCAGUCUCUCUAUUUAUGAAAGUGUCAGUGAAACAAUUAGUGAGACACUGAAUGCAAUAGAAGAUUUACCAAAACAAGACAAAGGCCCUGAGCAGGGCGGCCUGAUUUCAAAGAUGUUACCUGCAUGGGACAGAAGACGCUGUGCGGAACUUGGCCAGAAUUUGUCGGGAUGUUUCCAAUUUCACGAAAGAUGCCAAAUAUGUCAGGAUUACCUAUCUGAAGACUGUCCUGAUGUACCUGCACUACACACAGAAUUAGAGGAGGCCCUUAGGCUGGUCAACGUAUCCAGUGAGCAGUACGCCCAGAUCCUCCAGAUGACCCAGCAGCACGUGGAGGACACCGCCUAUCUGAUGGCCAGGAUGAGACGGCAAUUUGGCUGGGUGUCUGAACUGGCAAACCACGUUGCAGAAACCGAGAUCGUCUUUAGUUCAGUAAAGGCAGUUCCAAGUGUUCAUGAAGAUAAUUUUUCCAAAUCAGAUGAAACAACAGUAGACUUAAGCAUCCUGCCUUCUUCUAAUUUCACACUCAAGAGCCCUCUGGAAGAAAAUGCUGAGAGUUCUAACUUCAUUGGCUACAUAGUGGCGAAAGCUCUACAACAUUUUAAGGACCAUUUUAAAAAUUGGUAAGAAGAUCUAAUGUAUCUUAUAUCAGGCAAGUAGAAUUAGCUCUUCAGCCGAGACCUGAAUAUCCUGAAAUGCAUAAGGAUAAUGCAAUAAACGUAGCUGCGGAAAAGUACGCGAGUUAUGUAUUAUGAAGUCUGUUAUUAAUAAUUUAGUUUGAAUAGCAGUUUAAUAGCUACUCAAAUUGAGUUAAAAUGAAAAUUCUUUUUAAAAAAAUCAAGUGUACGUAUAUAUGUACUAUAUUUUAUGGUACAUUGGUAGUUCUUCAUAUGUCAAAUAAAUAUUAAGUCUCCUUCAUGUCUAUGUUCUAUCAUUUCUACAAACGUAUUACUUGCUAAUUAACAAAAAGUUCUUUCAAUUUGCUUUUGUGUUUAAAAUAUAAUUGACUUUUU